AGUAAUGCAGUCUGAAAUAGAAAUAUGACAUUAUUGGAAUUCGUGAAUUCCAAGGAAGAGAUGAACGCGUCGAAGUGACGCCUGCGAAUUUCCAUACAGAUCGCUUCUCCGCCUCAUAUAUAUAUAUAUAUAUCCACGCCUUCGGAUCACCGCCAGAAUUGUUGGGUUCUGAUUCAUCAACCCACUUCGAAUUUCAGAAAGCCUCUCUCUCCCUCUCGAUCGAUUCGGUAAGCUUGUUUAUCAAUUUCAAGUUGAAGAGAAAUGGGUGGUGGAAAUGAUAAUCGCGAUGAAUCUAGUGACAAAGGACUCUUUUCUCAUCUUGCGGGAUAUGCUGCUGGACACUAUGGUCAUCAUCAUGGGGCAUACCCUCCACAAGCGUAUCCUCCUCAUGGAUAUCCCCCCCAAGGCCACCCUCCAGGAGGAUAUCCGCCAGCCGGAUAUGGUGGAUACCCUCCAGCCGGAUAUCCUCCUCCUGGUGGAUACCCUCCAUCUGGGUAUCCUCCCCCACCAUCAGCUUAUCCUCCAGGUGGAUAUCCCCCAGCAGGUUAUCCUGGUCCAUCAGCUCCACACCAUUCAGGGCAUGGCGGUGGUAUGGGAAUGGGAUCACUUUUAGCUGGGGGUGCUGCUGCAGCCGCGGCUGCUUAUGGCGCGCAUCAUCUUGCACACGGGAGUUUUGGCCAUCACCACGGCAAAUUCAAGCAUGGGAAAUUUAAGCACGGGAAGUUUGGUAAGCGCUGGAAGCACGGAAUGUUUGGAAAGCACAAGGGAAAAUUCAUGGGCUUCAAGAGAUGGAAGUGAUGGUCAUAUUAAUGCGUCUCGAUGUCAAUGGGUCUGGGUUGGACAUCACUUUAGUCUUCUUCCUUUUUAACCUUCUUAGGGAUUGUGUUUUUCAGUCAGAAACUGCGGAACUGUGCUGCUGGCAUGCUCAUGUAAUUAGAAAUCUUUAUGUGAUAACUGGUGCUUGUUUUUAUCUGUUUGGAUGAAUUAGAUAUUGAUGAAGUUGUUGCUAA